GUAAUAUAUUUAAGAUGUAUUCAUGCAACCUGUGUGCAGAAACAGUUAAAUCUGUUAAAGCCUUUGUUCUCCAUUGCAAACUGCAUCGCAACGAACCCAGGCGUAUGUUCAAGUGUGUUGCAGCCGGUUGCAAGCAGGUGUGUACUGGUUAUGCAGCAUUAAAAGCACACUUCUAUCGUCAUCAUAAUAGCAUGCCAACAGUUGCUCUGGACACAAGUUUAACAAAAUUAAAAUGCACAGUUCCACUUUGUAACUGGCAGUGUGAAGGGAUAAAAGCUUUGGUUGUUCACUUGAAGGAGCAUAUAGUAGAGGGGCGCCAAGUAACUUGCCCUGUGAAAGGGUGCACCUCUGUGUUUCGUGUAAAAUCUUCCUUUACCUCUCACAUCUCCAGGAAACAUAAAAAUUAUUUGGAAAAUGUGAUUUGUGAAACAAGUAAUGAAGAUACUCAGAGUGCUGCAAGUGCUACCACAAAAGAUUCCAGUGUGCCAGAUGCAGAAGACACAGUCAUGGAUGGACCAAAUUUCAGUGACUUGUAUCUUAGGAAUGUAUGUAUGUUUUACAUAAAACUACAGGGACAGCAUCUUCUUCCAUCAUCUACCAUUCAAAACAUUGUAGAAGAGAUGCAGAAUAUACAUGAAUUGGGACAGACAUACUCUUUAAAUAGAUUGAACUUGCUUCUUAAAGAAAUGUCAUUUGCAGAUGAAGACAUUGCAAAAAUCUGUGACACAGUAAAACAGUCGGACUUGUUCUCAGCUUGCCACACAGGGCCGAUGAGAACUGCUUAUUCUAGAGCCCAGUGUUUUAAAGACAUGUUCAAAUAUGGGGAACCCAAAAAAGUGUUGUUGGGCAAAGAUGAGGACAGAAAAGAUAGAUUUGCAUACUAUGUUCCUGUGCUAAAUACGUUAAAAGGUAUGUUAGAUUCCAAAUAUUGGCAGGGCCUAAUGAUGGCUCAUGGCGUUUCAAAAGCUGAUGUUCUCUCUGACUGUGACGAUGGUAAGGUGUUUAUGUCCAACGUAUUUUUUCAAGAAAACCAAAAUUGUCUCAAGCUGGUUCUCUAUCAAGAUGCAUUUGAAGUUGUGAACCCAUUGGGAUCUGCAAAAAAAAAGCACAAGAUCUUGGCUGUUUACUUUUCUCUACUCAAUAUGCCACCCCAUGUCCGAUCAAAUACUGAUCAUAUGCAGUUGGUCUUGUUGUGUAGAGAGAAGGAUUUCAAGGAAUUUGGCCAUUCCAGAGUUUUUUCAGAACUGUUGACUGACUUGAAAAUACUAGAGGAGAAUGGGAUAACUAUGGCAGAUGAAUCAGUUGUGAAAGGAGCACUGUAUUGCAUUGCUGGAGACAACUUGGGCUCUCACUGCAUCGGGGGUUUUACGGAAAAUUUCAGUACAUCUCAGUACUUCUGCAGAUAUUGUCUGAUUACUCGGUCUGAAUUUCAGAGUGAAAAUCCAGCUAUCAUUGGACCAGAGCGGACUCCAGAAACGUAUCAAUCUGCCACUGAACAGCUGGAAAGAGAGGAUGUGACAGAAGUACAGGGGAUUAAGUUCAGAUAUGAUGGAUACACAAAAGGACAUCCGCGAUGCCAUUCGAGCAGCGCUUCCUGGUCUUUCACAGGAAGUUUUGGCUGCUUUAGAGGAUGUGUUGGAGAAACUCGGCACUACAACCACAGAUGAUUUCCAGUAUAUCACCGAAGGAGACUUAUUGCCUGUGCUGAAGCCCAUACAGGCCAGAAGACUGGUUGCUGCAUGGGCCCAAAAUAACUCAAUGGCUUCAACUUCAGGCGGGGCAUCCUCCUCUCCACAGUCUGUUCAGUCCUCUCAAUCUGCAGCCUCACUUUCACAACCAUCGUCUGCUGCUACUUCAUCGCCUUCCCUGAGCUGCUCCCCAGUUUUGCCAACCUGGGUUGACAGUUUUCAGAUACCGUGGCAGAAGCUUCCAGAAGAGCUGAUACAGACUUUGGAACGACAGAAAAGGCCAAGUGCACGACUUCGAAGACAAAUGGUGAGGAUUAUUGUCUCUGAAAUGAUGCUGAUUUGCAAGAAUCCAACCAAACGCAACACUACUGAAAUAGCAGAAAGGAUGGUGAGCAGGUAUCCAAAGUCACUUAAGGAUGUCAUUGAUGGUGACGUUAUUGGACUUGGUUAUCAUUCCUUGGUAAAACAACUCCAGGCAAGAAUUGAAAAUGUCAAACGACAAGACACACCAAAGAUAACUAAACGCAAGGC